AUGGUGCUUGGGGCUGCUACCGCAGAAGCAGUGCGUGUCAACAGCCCGACAUCAGUUUUGUUGAGCAAGACUGUGCCUACAGAUGCCGGUGCCCCGGUCCUGCAUCCGUUUAUUUCCUAUUCUAUUGAGUUUGCCUUCUUUCCAGAUUUUGCUGGAAAUGCGUCGCAUCCGAACCUUUUCUCGAACCAGCUCCUGGAUAAUCUGGCAGAUCUCCAAGGCGUCAAGCCAUACAUUCGGAUUGGCGGGAACACACAAGAUUUCGCCCUGUACGACCCUGACCUAAAGACAGCAACCAAUGGCACUGUGGUUCCCAGUAUCACAUCCGACUACCCAAUAAUCCUUUCCAUUGGUCCGUCAUUUUUCGACUCCUAUUCUACCUGGCCUUCGACCAAAUUCAUACACGGGUUCAAUCUGGGGAAAAAUGGCUCAACGGGGAUGGAGAGUCUCCUGGCUACAGUGCCACUGGCUUGCAAGGCCCUCGAGGGAGAUAAACUGGCCUACUGGGAGCUAGGGAAUGAGCCCGACCUGUUCAAGACUUCUGCUCAGGGGAUCCGAAGGCCAUCAACUUGGACCGAGCAAGACUAUGUGGAUGAAUGGUUGAACAAGACAAGAGUAAUCAAAAGUAAGAUGGCUGGGAGCUGCCCCGAGCUGGCGGGGUACAGGUAUAUUGCGCCUUCAUUUGCAGGCGUCACGAACAGCUUGGAUCCUGUUGUGACAUGGCGGGACGGGCUCGGUGAUGAUCAAAACAUUGCGCUGAACUCGGAGCAUAACUACAUCGGAGGUGCCACAGAGCCGGGAGUCACUCUUCAAAGGACCCUGAUGAAUCAUACAAUGACCAUGCAGAGUGUUGCACAACAUGUCAAUGUCUCCCGGAUGCUCUCCUCGGAGAAUCUUACUUCUGGCAUUCCCUAUAUCCUAGGUGAAACCAACUCAUUAUAUAACCAAGGAGCCCCAGGGCUCUCCAAUUCUUUCGGUGCAGCGCUCUGGGGAGUAGACUUUAACCUUUACUGUGCUUCGCAGAACAUUCGAAGAACACACAUGCACCAGGGAACUAACUUCCGGUACAUCUCCUGGCAGCCCAUCCACACGGAGAAUACAAGCAUUGGAACAAAAGCUCCUUACUACGGAAAUGCAAUGGCGGCAGCAAUGCUCCACGGGGGCGUCGAUGUCCGAGUUGCCAAUCUCCCACUGACCGAGGACACGGAGGCGGCCUACGCUGCGUACGUGAAUGGCACCUUGACCCGGAUAGCGGUCCUCAACAUGAAGGAAUUCAAUUAUACCGAGUCUGAACCGGCUCAAACUCGACCGCUAGCGAAAUACUCGUUUCGAUUGCCAUCUGAAAUGUCGGCCAGGCCGCUUUCCGUGCAGCGGUUGAUGGCAAACGGGAGCAACGCGAUCAGUGGAAUUACCUGGGACGGCUGGUCGUACAAUUACGAGUUGAAAGGGGGAGAACCGGUCCGACUUCAAAAUGUGACGAUCGGAGAGACAAUAUCUGUGAGUGACAACGGUACCGUGGAGAUUGAGCUGCCGUACUCCAGCGCUGUCAUUUUGAAUGUGGGAAAGGAGUAG